AGGGGAUACUCAGUCUCGCGGCCACGUGCUACACGAGCGCACGCCCCGAGCCGGCCGGCGGUCCAGCCAGCCACGACGCCGUCUUCUUCCUCUUCUUCGCCCCCGUAUCAUCCCGCGCGUUUCCCCGUUCCACUUCCGAUAUCGCUCAUCGGUUGACCCAUUCCUCAUUUCGGGCCCGUGACCCUUUUCGUCGUGCGAGUCGCGCCUGAAUAGCCCGGGACAGUUCGGGAAAUCGCGCGAACGCGAACAGUGGCCGGUGCUUCCGCAGUUUGCUCCGGAAGGAGGGUCGCGCACGGUGACCCGGAAGAACGAGCUGGAGGAGGGCACUUGUCGUUGGCACUUCGAAGCCCAGGCACAGCGACGACACUCACGUACUGUGAUUCCGCCCGACGGACGAUCACGUCGUCCUUCGUUGCCGCGGAACAUUGUCGAGCACGAGGUGCGACGCGAGUGUGCAUUGGAGUACACAAAUGGAUCAGAUAAAUAUCGGUUUGGUGCGAUGACGUUAUUAACACGGCGGGGACGAACUGCUUGACGGCACGCGCGCGGUGUAAUGCGGACGAACGUGCGCGUCGUCGGUGUGUGCUAUCUGUGCUUGCGAGCGAGCGGCCGAGAAACGCCGACGAUGUAUCCUUGUUGUUGUUGUUGUCGUCGUCAUUGUUGUUGACGUCGCGGCGGACUGACGAUGCUGUGCUCACGAUAAGCGCGACACGACGAGAACCAGAGGAUUUCGUUCGGGAGUGCGUUGACAGGAAGAGGGAUACAGUGAUAAGCGGGAGCGUCGUUGGAAUUUGCACAGGCAGAGAACGGCCGGAAAUCGCACGUCGCACGAACGUUUCGGUGACAAGCGCGCAGCAACACGGAAAAAGCGCGCAAAAUGUUGGCUCGCUACCUCAAACGGAAAGAGGGCAGGUCGGCUUACGGGCCAGGACGGCUGACACCGACGGAUUAAAGAGCGUCGAAUGGACGUGGGCGAUUUGUCGAGCCCGGGAGGAUUGUCAGGGAGCGGAACCAUCUCGGGUGCGACGGGUGUUGGUAUCAUCGCCAACACGACAUCCGCCACCUCAGGGUGGUGGACGCCUACGUCGACGAUCACCUCGGCAGCGGCCAACACCGACGUGAUGAAUCAGCUCUGCAGGGUUUGCGGAGAGCCGGCCGCGGGUUUUCACUUCGGGGCCUUCACGUGCGAAGGCUGCAAGUCCUUCUUCGGGCGCACCUACAACAAUCUGGGCAGCAUCUCCGAAUGCAAAAACGGCGGCGUCUGCGUGAUCAACAAGAAGAACCGCACCGCCUGCAAGGCGUGCCGCUUACGAAAGUGCCUGAUGGUGGGCAUGUCGAAGUCGGGUUCGCGUUACGGCCGCCGCUCCAACUGGUUCAAGAUACACUGCCUGCUGCAGGAGCAGUCGCAUCAGGCGCAGACACGCCUGAUCAAGGACCCCAAGUCCGCCUACGAGAAGGCCUUCGGCUCGUUGGACGCGGCGAACAACAACAACAGCAACAGCAACGCCGAGAACGCGAGCAACACGAGCGCGAGCAGCAUCGUCAGCAUAGUCACCACGGCGACCACCACGGCAAACAGUUACCAUCAUCACCUGCACCACCAUCAUCACCCAGACCGGUUACCUAAGAGGGAGGACGGCAGCACUCUCAGGCCGCAGGACAUCCCGAUGCAAUUGCGAUCGCCGGAGAUGCCGCCGCGGACGAGCCAAGAGCCGAUCCUGAGGCCUGGUGACCUCGCGAGGGCACCACACGAGCUGCUCAGGCCCGAGGUCUCGAGGUUCCCCAUGUGGAGGGGCCCGCCGCUGUUCCACCCGGCGCUUACGCACAUGCAGCUGCUCAACACGCCGUUCUUCCCGUUCCAACAGCGCUUCAUCGUGCCUUACGUGAACCAGGUGGGUCCGCCGCAGAUGGUAACCAGCCUGUCGAGCUCGUCCAGCGAGAGCGUGACCCCGCGAUCGACUCCGUCGCCCAAGAGGAGCGAAGAGAGCCGCGAGUGUCGCGAGGUCGGCCGCGAGACGGUCGAGCGAGGCUGCCCGAGGGCAGGAUCGAUCGAGGUCACGUACGACAAGAGCUUGGCGUUUCUGCGAUCUCUCGGGCCGGAGCAAGAGGAACCGAUGGACCUCAGUAUGAAGGAUGUGCGAACGGACGGACAGGAAGCGGACGCCGGCAGCACCGAGGAGGAGGACAAGUCGAGCGACAGCGAGGACAACGAGCUUCUUCAAGACACCGGGCCACCGUUGGACCUUACUCGGAAGACAUGACCACGGACACCCGACGAAGGUGCUCGAUAGGAACUCGACCGGAUCGGACGUUCCAAGGCGUCCCGAGAACAAAUCGUCGCGCGACGUCGCCGAGUGACGAUGGCUCGCUGAAGAUGGCUCUUGCAACGAAAGCCGGUAAUCGAGACGUCGGAGGAGCAAUGAACGCUCCAAGGGAGAGACUGAUAGACGAGAAAACCCGAUGAAAGACGAGGGACACGAGAAAGAGACAGAAGGGCGAGACGAAGGAAAAGAAUAAGGAAAAGAAAGUGAGUUACGAACGGUGGAAGUGAGAGAAGAAGAGCACAGUUGCAUCGUGAUAACGUGACAGGCGCGAGAAUUACGGCAAAGUAUCCAAGGUGCGCUUCUCGGCGCGAGGAACGAGAAAAGAGGAGUAGUCGGACACGAUUACGUUGGAACGACACGGGGGAAAAGUGAGAGGAGGAAGGACGCUAAAGAAGAAGAAGAAGAGGAAGUGUCGCGCAUAGCCAGCCGGCAUAAACGGCUUUACGAUCGGCGAGCGUCUCGAUCGAUAAAAAUUGCUCAAGCCGCUCGGUAUCAGCCGGUUCUUCCCUUUGGCCCGGUCGUACCUCGGCAGGCAGGUGCACGUCGACGUGGGGCGAGACGAGGUUAUCGCGGUGCGCGAUAUGUAUGUCCUUUUCCUGUCGGGGAGGCGUACGACGGACGAUUGUGCCUUAAUUAUAAAGCGGUGCCCCGAAGCUCGUGACGGUAAAAGCCGCCGUGACACAGUUUAACAUUAAACAACAUAUGUAACCGCAACUCGUUCGAUGGCCAGUGAGUAGUGCUUCGCGCGCACCAUUGCGAACACCGAUUCGACGGUGGUCGCGACCCGCGCUUCGAUUCCGCGCUCAUCACGCUCGUUCACCAGGAACUCGUUCCUCACAGGCGCCACGUUCACCACGCGUGAGACGCUCGGGCCGGGCGAGAGUGACGCGCGGGCGGGAUAAAUUGUGAUUUCGCGAAUUUCAAGUACUCCUAGCGUAACUUAUAUUCCUCGAAGAGCCUUUUUUUGGAUGAAUGGAGAACCAUUAUGCGUACACUGAAGAAGAAAUAUUUGGAAAGAAAGCGGCCAAGUUUUGUCUGAUUUUGGGGCCUUCCGUAAUGACAAUUUCUUUUCAUACAAUUCAAGCUCGAAUCGAUUCCAAAUAUGUGUCUUUAAUCUGAGCCUGAGAGUAAUAGAUAGCGCCACAAAAGAUUAGCUUCAACUCAUUAUGACUUCAACCUGAUAGGCACCUUCAUGUUCACGUUCAAAAUGAAAGGCGUUUUUUAAGGACAGAUUUUUGUCGUUUACAAAGGAUAGACAUGUUAGCUGAUACUUGUCUUUGUUUACAUGACGCUAUCUGUUGAAAUUGGGAUACUUUUAGGCCACUUUUCUCGAGAACAGUACGAGGUUCAGAUUAGAGAGUUACACAUUUAGAAUCGACUCGAUGUGAGUUCUAAUCGUAUGUAAAAAAAUGAGCAUUAUCGAGGACUCCAAAAUCAGGUGAAACAUUUAUGGAUGCUUGGCCGCACUCUUUAUUUGUGAGAUACAAAGUUUAUUCUUCAGAAACAAAUCUUAUUCCACAGAGAUGAAUUUUAUCUCACAAGAACGAACUUUAUAUCCCACACGGAAAAAAAAGAUUUGGUUGAAUUAACCAAAUAUCUGAUCGAAUAUGAACGAUCCAGAAAUCCCGAUUGAAAUAACCCGAAUU